CUUGUUUUGGAAAAGCAAGAACGCAGCUCGGAGCAGGACCGUUCUGGGCGAUUUUUGCUCGCGGCUUGCCAGACGUUUCGGUUUGCAAAGGAGGCACCGGCGGUCCCUUCCGCGGGAAACGGGAACAAUGGAAGAGGAGUGACCACGAACAAGGAACCCAGGUCUCAGCACUUCACAGCUGUCCUAUAGCUCUGCAGAAGCAAAAUGGAGAGGAGGAGCAACAUGGACCCUGCCAUCCUCUGGUUGAUCUGAAGCGAUUCUGCAGUUCUUGACACGAGCUGGACACACUGGAACGGGAAUGCAUGAAUAAAACAAAAUGGAAAGAGCGAACGGGCCUGCUCUGCAGCUCCAGCCACUUGCCACCGAGACGCCGCCCCUGCUGGUCCUUGAGGAUUCCUUCUCUUACAAAGAAAACUUGAUCGGUGCAUUGCUGGCUAUUUUUGGGCAUCUAGUUAUCAGUAUUGCCCUGAAUCUCCAGAAGUAUAGCCAUCUUCGUUUGGUGGGGUGUAAGGACCACCGGGCCUACUUCAAGACCAAGACAUGGUGGUGCGGCCUCUUCCUGCUUUUCCUGGGGGAACUGGGAGUCUUCUCUGCCUAUGCCUUUGCGCCCCUUUCCCUGAUUGUGCCACUGGGUGCAGUGUCCGUCAUAGCAAGUGCAAUUAUCGGAGUCAUAUUCAUUAAGGAAAAAUGGAAGCCCAAAGACUUCUUGAGACGCUAUGUUUUGUCCUUCAUAGGCUGUGGCUUGGCCAUUGUCGGAACAUACCUGCUGAUCACCUUUGGGCCUAACAGUCACGAGACCAUGACGGGCGAGAACAUCACCAGGCACUUAGUCAGCUGGCCUUUCCUUCUGUACAUGCUGGUGGAGGUCAUCAUUUUCUGCCUGCUGCUAUAUUUCUACAAAGAGAGGAAAGCUAAUUAUAUAGUGGUAAUUCUGCUAUUGGUAGCACUCUUGGGUUCCAUGACAGUCAUCACGGUGAAGGCGGUGGCAGGCAUGAUUGUGGUUUCAAUCCGAGGGAACUUGCAGCUGGGCUACCCCAUCUUCUACAUCAUGAUGGUUUGCAUGGUGGCGACAGCGGCUUUCCAGGCCACGUUUUUAACCCAAGCCUCGCAGCUAUACGAUGCAUCCCAGAUUGCCAGUGUGGGCUACAUCUUGUCUACUGUGAUAGCAAUUACAGCAGGUGCGACUUUCUACUUGGACUUCACUGGGGAAGACGUACUCCAUAUUUGCAUGUUUGGCUUAGGAUGCCUCAUUGCAUUUUUAGGUGUCUUCUUGAUCACUAGAAACAAGAGGAAAUCGAUCUUUUUCGAACCUUAUAUUUCCAUGGAUGCAAUGCCAAGCAUGCAGAAUUUGCACGACAAUGGAACCGCAGUUCAGCCUGACCUUAAAACGUCCUUUUCUUAUGGUGCCCUGGAGAGCAACGACAGCAUCUCCGACAUCUAUGCUCCGGCUACGUUAACAAUUGUCCAGGAGGACCAUGGUUCAAAGGCAGCACCUAUGCCUCCCUACAGGGUCAUCGAGCAUAGCAAGAGAGAGUGAAUGCACGUCCAGGUGCUCGUGCAGCAUCGCCAGACUUUGAUCAUCUUAUUUAUUUAUCAUUCUUUCCAUUUGUUGCACUAAGACAAGAAGUCAACUCAAAUAGGGAUUAAACCAAUAUCGAAUGAUAACUUUAACAGCUGGACUGGGUUAAUAAGGGUUUUAUACUUGUAUAUUUGUAUACAGGAUCUUCACUCAAGCUGAAUCAUACCAAGUCGCUACAUCAGGAAAUGCAGAGGGCAUUACAUGGGCUAUAAUAUUGCUGACCAAACAGCAAGCUAUGAAAGGAUGAGUUUAGACUUUGUUAUCUGAAUAAAACACCCUCUUUAGGACCAGUUAAUUUGUGGCACCAGGAUGUACUUGUAGAGUUCUAGAUUUUGGUCUACAAAUCCUAUGAUUCUGCACCAUUAGCUAAGGCAGAUGGGAAAUGUAGACCUAAACUACUAAAGGAAUCAGAGUUGCCCAACCUUGGUGUAUGGAGAACUCUAGGUUCAGGCUUCCCUUUCACCACAUUGAACCAUUUAAUUUGAGCAGAGCUUUCCCAGUAAACUUCUGUUUCAGUAGACAGAUGGUGUGCUUGCCCCUUAAUAGCACAGAAGAGAACUUGCAAAGUGCUGAGAUUUGAAGAUAUUGGAUAAGGCUGAAACUAUUCCUGCUUUCACCAUUUAUCCCAUAGGACAGCAGUUUAAACCUCUGCUAAAAAUACAUUAUUUCCACGUCCUAUAGUAGCCAUCACGACUGCAGGACUUCCUGCAUUUCCUUCCUUGAACAGGAUAGCUUGAUUAUGCAGCAUUUCCCAAGUCUCAGUCAGACUCAUAUCUGGCACAGAUAGAUGCUGUUCCAAAACAUUUAUCUGUACCAAAGAAACAAAAUCUAGUAACGCUUUCUAUGAGAUUUUCAGUUGGCCUUUCCCAAACCCACAUUCUUUGUUGUCUUGCACAUCACAGCCCUCAUCACAGCCAGCCAGUGAAGGAUUCAUGCAAUCCGGUGCUUCAGUAAUGUUUGUGACAUAUUCUGCUUCCUACAUGCAUGGGAUACAUUCUUUUCCUACAGAAGUCAGCUUUUGCCAGAUUGGGGGAAGAGUGAAAAAUUAAUCUCAAGCGAGACCCAUGGUUCCGGCUGUCUAUGUCAAAAACUUUCCAAACGGCUCGGCAAUCCAGCUAAUGAAUCAGAUCCAACACUUUAUGACUCGAGGCUCUCUUGAUAGUUCUGCAUUUAUUUUGAUAUUCCAGGCUGCACCGUUAGGUUAUACUCUUAAAAAUCCCGAAGAUGUUAGGAGUUCCAUCUUUGAGAUGUAUAUGUUGUUUUCCAUAGAUGUUGUCAUCGAUGUUUGCACUUUAAAUGCCCUUUCUGUAUAUACAUAAGUUUUCCCUACCACUGCCGCCUCCAUCCAUGUGUAUCCGGCCUCGUCUGUGCAUUCAGCAGAAUCGGAUGGUGUAGCAGCUUCUCCCGCUUGGAUCCCUCCAGAUGUGCGGAACCACAGCUCCUGUUAUUACCCAAACCACUUUGGACCAUCUCCGGAAGGUGCCAAGUUGGAAAAGACUAUGGUGUAACAUGGAUGGUAUCCUUUUAUGUUGCUGGAUGGGAAUUGCAUUUAAAUUUCCCACAAGUCCUACAAAUACCACAAAAGAAAAUAAGCUGAGAUAGAUGUGUUCUCUUUGA